AUGGGACCUGGGCCUGGAUGUCUCUGUCAGGCCGCUGGCAGGGCUGGGGCAGUGGGAGGCCCCCGCUGCUUACCGGAUGAGGGGGUUGUUUGGUCUCUGUCUGUGGAGCCCACGCGGUCGCUCCCUCUGUGUUGUGCUUGGCUGGACCACUGCGAGCUGUCAGCGCAGUAUCUCCUUUCACUGAUGAAUGGGACGUUUCCAGACCUUUCCCAAAGCUCUCGUUCCCUGGUUCCAAAAGUAAAAGCAGUGGUCGACAAAACACGGGCUCUCCUCUAUGGCCACGAGCCUCAGCAGCCCGCAGUGAAAUGGUGCUAA